AUGAGCCCACUGCAACUUGGAUCUAUACUCGUCCAAGCUGUGAUUACGUGCUUCCUACGAUGCACCAUCAUUGCUGUCCACGGCCUUGGAUCGAACGUUGACUGGUCAUGGACAUGGAAGGAUAAUGGGAAAUGCGUCAAUUGGCUUCAGGACCCUGACAUGUUACCUGCCAAAGUGCCAAAGUCAAGGAUAAUUGCAUACAACUAUGAGUCAAAAUGGGACGCCGAUGCUCCAAAGACGCGCUUACAGCUCUGCGGAGAGGAACUCGUUCACAGCAUACACUCACUGCAAAAGCAUGAUCCCAAUCAUCCGAUUGUCCUCGUCGGCCACAGCUUGGGUGGAAAUGUCAUUGUGAAUGGCCUCCUCUAUGCUAACUCUGAGGACACGUUCAAAUACCUCCUCAAGGCAACUGUUGGUCUGGUAUUUCUGGGAACACCUUUCAGAGGGACAGAAUGGCAGCCGUUUCUCGAAUCCCUGGUGAAACUCAAGUCUUUUUCUGGCUCACAUAAUGGUAUUACCAGGGAGCUUGGCUUCGACGAACCCAUAUUGCUGGACAAACUCCAUGGUUUCUGCCGACUGCUCAAUAAGCUCUCGAUACCUGCUUCUUGCUUCAGUGAGCUCUACGAAACAGACUACGGGCGGCGGUACGGAGUCAGGGGAGCCAUCAAGGGAAUGGUCGUGACGGAAGCGUCUGCCUGUAUCCCCGGCGUCGAAAGACAUGCACUUCAAACCGAUCAUCUGAAGAUCAAUAAGUAUUGCAGUCCGACAGACCGGUCGUUUUUGACAGUGUCUACGACAAUCUCCGAAAUGUACGCCAACGCGAAGGACAUUAUCCGUCGCCGGCAGGCUCAUGCAUUGGAGCAGAAGCCAGAAGCCGAAGCCUGUCUACGCGACCUCUUCCUGACCGACCCGCGAGAUGACAGGAUUGCACUGAAAAGGAAGAAAGGAGAUCGUGCACAGGGUACCUGCGAAUGGAUCAUUGGCACAGAAGAGAUUACUGCCUGGUUGGGCUCGACACAGAAAGCGCGCUCAGAGGCCCAGACGAACAACAUUCUGUGGCUCCACGGUCAUCCAGGCACAGGAAAGUCCACGAUGGCUAUAUUCCUCACUGAAGAGCUGCCCAAAGCCUUCUCAGAGACUGAUGGGAAGACUCUGGCGUACUUCUUCUGCGACUCCAACUUUGACAAGCAAAGAACCGCCAUCUCAAUCGUCCGCGGGCUUCUCCUUCAACUCAUCCAGCAGCACCCACAGCUUCUCGACUACCUUAUGCCAAGAUAUCGCGAGCGUGGAGCAAAGCUUUUCGAGUCUUUCGAUGCUCUUUGGGAGAUUUUCAUGAUUGUGGCGGCGGAUCAAAGCACGGGCCAAAAGUACUGCAUCAUCGACGCCCUUGAUGAAUGCGAUCAGACAUCACAAGAGGUACUAUUGCGACAGCUUCAAGAGACCUUUGACGGCAGCCGAGACAUGAAUAUCCACAUCCUAAUUACGAGUCGACCCUACUCUGAAAUCGAAGAAUAUCUUGGACAAUUCCCGAACACAGACUUGGGAACUUUUCCCAACGCAAAACAGGAUAUCGACGUAUGCAUCGAGGAAAAGCUGGCAAAUCUGACUCGGAGAAAACACUACACCCAGAAAGUUAAAGAUCAAAUCAGCGAACUUCUUAGAAACAAAGCGGAAGGCACAUUUCUUUGGGUUGGAUUAGCAUGUAAAGAGCUAGAAAACGUCCCGUCCAAGGAUGCUCUGAAGCUCCUUCAAGAUAUGCCUCAGGGCCUUCAUUCUCUUUACCAGAGGCUUUUGAAUGCGGCGCUCGCACAAAGCUCCGAACCGAACAUCCUAAAACGCAUCCUGAGCUUUAUUGUUGUGGCUCUUCGACCCUUGACCGUGGAGGAGCUUUCAACAAGCUGCGAAUUACACCAAGACGAAACGGAUUUGGAGACCAGGCUUCAGUUUACACGCGAGCACGUCGCCUCGUGUCGUCUGAUGAUCAAGAUCCAGGAUGACCAAAUACUCUUACUGCACCAGUCUGUGAAGGAUUUCCUCACCAGAACUGGCUCUGGCUGUUUUAUCAACACACUCGAUGCAAAUGCCGACAUGGCUUGUCGUUUUGGUUUAUACAUGCACGAAACGCACAAGCGAAAUUCCAAGUGCGAGAGUCAAAUGUCGAAUUUUUCGAGGUCGAGUCUCGGUGUCGAGACCGGUGGCUAUGGAGGAUCCAGUCAACAACUCCCGACGUGA